AACUCAGAUAAUUUAUUAAUUUACAAACAAUUCGUCAACGUUUAUAAAUUAUGGGAGCACCUGAAUUGCCUGGAGAUCCUGGCGAGGAAGACGUACAUGCCACACAAACAAAUGUUCAGCAUCCUCCAGUGCCUAGUGAUGAUAGCGAUAAUGAAAUGAACACACUGGAUGCAUACAAUGGAUACCAGCCAUUAGCGACGGGCAACGAUGUUAACGAUCUCAACGAUGUAUCAAUGGAUGACAAUGACUCUAUAGACGAGGAUUCUGAAGAAACAGUGCAAUAUGUUGAUAACGCGAAUGCUGUAGAAAAUGCUGCUGUCAAUGAUAAUUUGCCACCGGUAGAGAGUGCUGAUGCUGAAAUCGAAAGACAAGUUUGGAGUCAACCACGUCCUCAUGAAUUACAAUUAGAAUUAGAUAAUAAUAAAACCACACAGAUUUUAAAUGUCAUGGCAAAUAUAACACUACCUAAUGCUGUAGUACCUGAAUGGGCCAACGGAGUGCCGGAAGAGCGGUGGAAAGCGGAACUGCUCGAACGUAUACGUCAACGUGGAGUUGUACGCCAAAAUGACGAUAAAUUAAUAUGAACUGCUAUGAAAGUUUCCAAUUGAUUAUAUGUAAUUAUUAUAGUUGUAUGUUUCUAUGUAGUUUGAGUUUAAGUAUAAAUAGUAUGUAUUUUAAAUAAAAGGGUUUGAAACAGCUGGUAUUAAUAGUUUCAACACAAAUAAUUUGUAUGUUUAGUGAUAUUGAUUACCAGAAAACAGAUUUGCAAAUAAUUCAUUAAAAAUAUAACUGAGUUAAUAUUGAAAUUACAUUUUUUUGUUAUUCCUAAAA